AUAAACAAAUUGGGGUCCUUUUGCGAUAAGCUAACUUUCGACACGCUAGUAUAAGUCACAUUGUUUUACACAAUUGUGAAAGAUUUGUUAAAAAUAACACCGAUGUAUUUCGAUAAGUGUGUUUGAGAAAUGUUGACAAAAUAGAAAUUUCUUUCGGUUUGGUUUUCUAUACCCUAAGCGGCCCAGUAUUUUUGUUUUUAAUCGUCGAAGGGUGUGUUUUUCGGCAGCCGUUAACACAGCAGUAACGUUAGCGCUAACGAAGCAGACCAUCUAGUCCAAAAAUCCUCGUAAUUCUGAUACGUAGCCAAAUAGGAGGGAGGCGUUGAUGAGCAGCAAUGUCUGGCAUCGCUCUUAGCAGACUGUCCCAGGAGCGCAAAGCCUGGAGAAAAGACCACCCGUUUGGUUUUGUUGCUGUACCCACUAAGAAUCCUGAUGGAACCAUGAAUCUGAUGAACUGGGAGUGUGCCAUCCCAGGAAAGAAAGGCACCUUGUGGGAGGGAGGCCUGUAUAAACUCAGAAUGCUGUUCAAGGAUGACUACCCGUCCUCCCCACCCAAAUGCAAGUUCGAGCCACCAAUAUUCCACCCCAACGUCUACCCAUCAGGCACAGUGUGUCUGUCCAUCCUGGAGGAGGACAAGGACUGGAGGCCCGCCAUCACCAUCAAACAGAUCCUGUUGGGUAUCCAGGAGCUGCUGAAUGAGCCCAACAUUCAAGACCCAGCACAGGCAGAGGCGUACACAAUUUACUGUCAGAACAGGAUGGACUAUGAGAAGCGGGUAAGGGCACAGGCCAAGAAGUUUGCCCCCACAUAAAAGGGAGCGCUCGCCUCCGUCUGGCCUCAGCAGCCUGAACUGAACGAGGUUACACACAGGAGGCAGGCGGCACCUGAAGGACCACUCCAAUAAGAAUCCAGUUUUGAGUAUUAUUAUACUAUUACACAGGUGACAAGUGAGCCUGUUUCCCUUUCUUUCAUUUUUAAACAGCACGGUUU